GCAUGGUCAGUUCAUUAGGGCUUUCAGCAUUGAUGAAAUUGCUCACCAGAGUUUGCCAAAGUAAUUUACAGUGAUUUCAUUACAUUCCCCAGAAGAAACAUUUGCUGAGGCAAAAUGGCAAAUUUCCGAAAGAUGUAAGAUUGCGUCAUUCCAGAAAAGAUCCACACUUCCCCCACAGAGGAAAUUUCUGCCAAGUGUAUUAGGACAUCCGAAGGGGGGUUAACUUCCAAUUUCUUCUGUGGGGGAGGUAUGGAUGUUUUCUGGAAUGACUGAAUGAAUUUCUGCCGAGGCAAAAGUCACUAAAUUAGGAUGACUGAUCAAUGGAUAUUUUCUGGUAAAUAGCUCUCAAUUUGGUCACAUUUUUUCUAGUUUUUUUCGAUUCCCGCAAAAAUGUCGAUUCAAGCUGGAAAACAAAAUAAGAAGCCAAGGAAAUGGAUUACAGCAACAUGCCUUUGGAGGAAAAACGCUCGUACUACAAAUGUGGCAAUCGCUAUGUGACUUUAGAUCACGUACUACCAUGGCCAGAUUAUGUGAAGGACAAUCAUUGUUCUUUUACCAGUAGAGGUACUGUAUUAUUAAUGUUAUUUUGUACCAUUAUAACUUUACUCCACAUUAAAAAAUCUUCCCCCUCCUCUGAAUUCCCCGCUUUUUAUUAACCCCUCCUUUCUACUAAAACACCUUGCCCUUCCUAUGAAGAUCCCUCCUCUCUAUUUAGAGGCUCUUCUUACUUAUUAAGACCCCAUCCCUUUCCCUUUCGACCUCUAACCCCAUUCCUAACCCCUGCUCCUCUAUAUGUAAAACUGUAUCCUCUAUUAAAAGCCCCUCUUCUCUGUAUGGCCCCACACCCUGAUCUUGUUUAUGUCUCCAUCCCCUACUCACUAUUAUGCCCCCUUUCUCUAUUAGGAUGCCCUCCCCUUUUUCUCCAGUAAGCCCCUCUUCCAUUAAAACACUAAAAUGUAAUCUCAAUUUAGAAAUUUUUGUUCAUAAACGACCCAAACCUAAAUAUUCAACUGUAGAUCAUAUGAUCCAAAUAAUUUUAUUGAAUUUAAAUAUAAGACUAAUUUCUUCUAUCAUUCGUACUUUCCUAGUGUAGUGUCCUUGUAGUAUCAGGUGAUCAUGUAGUCACGUGAUAUAGCCUCAUGGAGGAGAAUGUAAGAUGGCGGUUUAUUAACAAAGUGUGUUUACAACAAUGGCGACAAGGAUGAGAUUUUAUUAGCAAAUUACAGUACGAUUUACGAUGGCUGCAAUUCCAUCAUUUCCGGAAUUUGAUGUAGAAGACCCAUCAAAUUUAGCAGUACGAUGGGAGAAGUAUUUAAAGCGAUUCAACAAUCUAGUUACAGCGAUGAACCUUCGUGAUGCAGGUCGCAAAAGAGCCUUGCUACUUCACUAUGUUGGUGAACGUGUUAAUGAUAUUUUUGACACACUACCUGACCGAGGAGAAAACAACAACUUUAACGCUGCUUGUGAUGCAUUGACGGCAUAUUUUACUCCGAAGAAAAAUGUAUCCUUUGAAAUAUUUAAAUUUCGUAAAUUACAACAAGUCCCAGGCGAAAGCAUCGAUUAAUAUCACACACGCUUACAAAUUGCGGCAAAAUACUGCGAGUUUCACGACCAUGACACGGAAAUUAAAUUACAGAUAAAACUUGGGACUUCAAGUAAGAAGCUUCGGCAACAUUCGUUUCGCAACCCAAGCCUCACUUUAACAGAUUUGAUCAGUUAUGCUAGGACUCUUGCGGAGACUGAAAAACAAGCAUCUGGCAUCGCGAAUAGUUCAUUCAACAUGCCCUCGUCAGCAGAGAUAAACGCUGUCAACAAAGAUAAUUCUUCACCAAAUGAUCAACGUUCACAGAAGCCUGAACCAAAACAGAAAGAGCUGCCUAGAACAUCAGAACAGGUACCUACUAGAAAAUGUUUCAGAUGUGGACUUGCCUGGCCCCACAAAGAUCAACCAUGCCCUGCUGAAGGACAGCAAUGCAACAAUUGCAAAAAGUACAAUCACUUUGCACGUGUUUGCAGGUCGACUCGACGAAAACAACCCAGCAACGAAGUCCGUAAGAUUGAACAGGCUCAACAACAAGUAGAAAGUGAUGACAGCGAUGAAUAUGUGUACACACUCGAGACACCAGCUGACAAAGAGAACUUUCAGAAGACAUUAAGAGUUGGAAAUUCAGAGAUACUUUUCAAAUUGACACUGGUUCAACUGCCAACAUUAUUAAUGAAACAUCCUAUAAACAUCUUGUUGAUGGAAACCCUACAAUAACCCUUGCCAAGUCAAAAAAACGCCUUUUUGGUUUUGCUAGCUCUACACCCUUACAAGUCCUAGGACAAUUUCAAUGUACUCUUGAGUCAUCGCAUAAAAUAACGACUGCAAAAGUGUUGGUAGUGAAAAAUGCCACUGGAUGUUUACUUAGUGGACAUACAGCAAUUGAAUUAGACCUCAUUCAUGUUAAAGUGAAUGCAGUUACAGCACUCAACUCCAAAGAAAUACCAACUCGUCUCACUCCAUUGAUCCAAGAGUACAGUGAUGUCUUCACAGGCAUUGGCAAGCUUAAGAAUUUCAAGGUUCAUUUACACAUCGAUCCAAGUGUCAAACCUGUAGUGCAGCCCACUCGUCGCAUUCCCGUUGCCAUUCGGAACAGAGUUGAAGUCGAACUGAAACAUUUAGAAGACUCUGACAUUAUCGAGCCUACUACAGGGCCUACACCAUGGGUUAGCCCUAUUGUUGUUUUCCCAAAGCCUAACCAGCCUGAUAAAAUACGCUUGUGUGUUGAUAUGCGUAUGCCAAAUCAAGCAAUCCACAGAGAGCAUCACCCACAACCAGUUAUCGAUGAUCUUAUAACAGAUUUAAAUGGAGCAAAAUAUUUCAGCAAACUUGACCUUUCAUCGGCCUAUCACCAGCUUGAGCUUGACGAAGACUCUCGCUCUAUUACCACAUUCACAACCCAUAAAGGUUUGUAUCGGUACAAACGCCUAAACUUUGGUACUAAUAGUGCCAGCGAAAUUUUCCAGAAUGCUUUGGACAAUGUUUUAAAUGGAAUAGAGGGAUGUCGCAACAUUAGUGAUGAUAUCAUCAUAUUUGGAAAGACAGAGAAAGAUCAUGAUGCGUCCUUGCAGAAAGUGCUGGAAGUCCUCAAAGCGAACAAUCUGAAAUUGGGGUUGGCAAAAUGCCAAUUUGACAAAGAACAACUAGAAUUUUUCGGGUAUAUCUUUUCUGCAGAUGGAAUUUCUCCAAGCCCCAGUAAGGUUGACGCCGUGAAGGAAACACCAGUUCCCACCAACCCUACAGAUGUUCGAUCUUUUCUUGGAAUUAUCCAGUACUGUGGACGUUUCAUCCCAAACCUUGCCACUGUUUCCGCACCUCUACGUAUGCUCACACAGAAAGAUGUUAAGUGGGAUUGGACCAGCAUGCAUCAAGAGGCAUUUGAAACUUUAAAACGACUACUGACGUCGGACACGGUCAUGGGGUAUUUCGAUCCUAGCAAAAACACAGAAUUACAUGUGGAUGCUUCACCAGUUGGCCUCGGUGCCAUUCUAACCCAGACAACACCCGGAAAGGAUGAUACGAAAGUUAUGGCUUACGCCAGUCGCUCCCUAACACCAGUUGAAAGCCGGUACUCGCAUAUAGAAAAAGAAGCAUUAGCUAUUAUAUAUGGCAUUGAACAUUUUCGUUUAUAUCUUUACGGGCACGUUUUUACAUUAAUAACUGACAACAAACCUCUUGAAUUAAUCUACAAGAACCUCCAAUCUCGCCCAUCCAGCCGUAUCGAGCGAUGGUGUUUACGUCUGCAAGAGUACUCAUUCCAUGUUAAAUAUCGGCCCGGUCCAAAGAAUCCUUCAGACUAUCUAUCUCGUCAUCCAUGCACUGCCACAAACACCAGAAAUUACCUUGAGAAUAUAGCUGAAGAGCAUGUUUGCCUGAUUGCUGAAAAUGCCAUACCUGUUGCUAUGGAUAUUGCUUGUAUCAAAGAUGCAACCAGACAAGACCCCACUCUUAGUAAAACCAUAGAAUUCAUUCAAACAAAUAACUGGACUGCUCUUGAGAAACAAGACAAAAUGUCUACAGGAGUUAAUAUUGAUGAAUUACAUGCCUUGUAUAAACUACGAGAUGAAUUGACUGUGUCAUCAGAUGCCGAUAUUCUACUUCGAGGAAACCGAGUUGUCAUACCAACUAAACUGAGAGCCCAAGCUGUCAAAUUGGCACACGAAGGCCACCAAGGUCUAGUUAAAACUAAAUGCUUAAUCCGAGAGAAAGUAUGGUUUUACCAAAUUGAUUCAUAUGUUGAAGAGUGCAUUAAAAAGUGCUUACCUUGCCAAUCAGUCACUAGACCAAAACCCCCUGCACCACUGAAAUUGAUUCAGAUCCCAAAGCAUCCAUGGGAUACCGUUUAUGUAGAUUUUCUCGGCCCAUUUCCAAGUGGAGAAUUACUUCUUGUGGUAAUUGAUGGUCGAACACGCUUCCCUGAAGUAGAAAUUGUUAAGAGUACAUCUGCAAGUUCUACCAUCCCUCGACUUGAUCGGAUUUUUUCAACACAUGGUUUACCAAAGAAAGUUAUCACCGACAACGGCCCACCUUUUACAAGCUAUGAGAUUCAGAAGUUUAUGAAUGAUAAUAAGAUCCAUCAUCAUAAGAUAACACCACUCUGGCCUCAAGGCAAUGCAGAGGCUGAGAACUUCAUGAAACCUUUGAAGAAAUGUAUCCAAGCUGCUCAUGUUGAUCAUAAAAACUGGCGCAAAGAAAUGUAUCAAUUCUUAUUAAACUACAGAUCCACUCCACAUUCAACAACUACGGUUCCACCAGCUACUGCUUUGUUUGGACGUUCCAUUCGCAAUAAGUUACCGUCAGUUACUAAAACACUCCCAGACAUGAAGUAUAUCAACGAAACAAUAGAUACCGCUGAUCAGAAUGCCAAGUGUAAACGCAAUGAAUAUGCUGAUAAACGCCGACAUGCUCGAAUACCUCAACUCGCUGUUGGAGAUUGUGUUUUAGUGCGGCAAGAGAAACAGAAUAAGUUGACACCACAUUUUGACCCAAAUCCAUAUACCAUAACGGCUGUAAAAGGAACCAUGAUUACGGCUACGAGAGCUGAUCAUUGCAUAACUCGGAACAGUUCACAUUUCAAGUUAUUCACGGGAGGUGCUACAAAUCAAGGAGAAACAAGUGACAACAAAGUUGAGGGACGAAAUGAAAAUGCUAGAGAGAGAGAGAGAAAUGUAGUUGUUGAAAACAGAGAUGAAGGCAGACGACAAUAUCCACGAAGACAACGGAAAAGACCAGAAUUCCUUCAUGAUGGACAACGAUAAGUACAAGACUAUAAUACUAUGUACUUUAAUUUAAAGGACUUAAUAGACAUUGAUAUUUGUUGUGUUAUGUUAAACAACCGAACAGUUUCUAGGUUAAUAUCAACAAACGUUAUAUUAUCUUAAAUACCAAGGCAGGGAGAGAUGUAGUGUCCUUGUAGUAUCAGGUGAUCAUGGAGUCACGUGAUAUAGCCUCAUGGAGCAGAAUGUAAGAUGGCGGUUUAUUAACAAAGUGUGUUUACAACACUACCCUGCGCAGCUGCGCGCAGACUAUAUAAUGACAUAUAUAUGUUAUCCGUCCGGUCCGUCCGUCGCCAUCCGUCCGUCCGUAUCCGCGUUUUAUCCUAACUCGUUUUUAAAACACAAAAGUGCGGUUCGUCAUGAUCAACAUUUUUUAACAUUGCGUCUCACUAAUUAAAAUUUGCGUGUUUACUAAUAAUGUUUAUCAAAGAAAGCAAAAAUAUAUACAAGACAAUCUCACAUGUGAAAUUUUUUCACUUACGUACUGCCUUGUGAUGCAGUACAAGUAUAAACACCAAAUGACAAAGCAUUUGUAAAUCCCAAAACAUAAUUAAAUCAUACGGCACAUUCAAGAUUUUAAUAUCGUAUUUCAGCCGCGCGUUUAUACUGCUUGGCGCAUUCGCUGCGUUAUAUCACUGUGGUUAUAUUCAUUUAUAUACACAGAAAAGCAUGUCAUUGUCUUUGCGGACCAUAGGCAAAAAGCAUUCGUCAACCACAUACCAAAUUUAAGCAAUCGUUAAAUCAUAUACACAUGUCAUGGAAAGAAUAUGAAAAUAAUGUUGAAUGAAAGCUAGCAUCGCGUAUAAUGUUAAAAGCACCGCAUAUAGUGCUCGAACCACUGCGUAUAAUUGCAAAAGCACCGCGUAUAUAAAUGGUGAAAGCACCGCGUAUAAUGCUGGAACCACAGCGUAGGCUAUAAUGCGGGAACCACCGCGUAUAAUGGCGAAAGCACCGUGUAUAAUGCCGAAAGCACCGCCGUAUAAUGCUAAAAGCACUCAACAAAAUGCCGUUUGAUCACUUUAAGCCAGCUAUGGCUUUCCAUAAAAGAAGACCAAAGAUGAAAGAUGAUCACAUUGCCUGUUUGCCUUAUUCUUGACCGCGCUGCACCACGGUUAAAAUUCACUGGUACCGUCAUGCAAUGCGCCAAAUAGAAAAUUUUGAUAUCAACCCACAAAACAAAAUUAGGAUCUGCUGCCUUGCUCGCUCGCUUCAGGCUCGCUCGCUGCGGCAGCAACUACAGCAGAAAACCUACAGUAUUUAUGUACAAGUGGAUGAAAGCUUUAAAUUAAUCCUUUUUACAAAGCACGCAAAGCAAUUAUUUUGUUACUUGAUAAAAUUGAAAGGCGCGGAAGUAUUAACAACACAUCAGCAUAACGCCAAGCACAUAUAUAUAUAUAUAUAUAUAUAUAUAUAUAUAUAUAUAUAUAUAUAUAUAUAUAUAUAUAUAUAUAUAUAUAUAUAUAUAGUAUAGAGUAUAUAUAGUCAACGUUAAGUAAAAUGCUAGAAUGCUAGAAAUUUUAUUGCAAAAUGCAAAUUGAGUGAAUUUGCAAUCGAAUUUUGUCACAGCAAAAUAAUGUAGCUAUAAUGUGACAAUAUAUUUUUUUUGAUCGGACCAAUGUCCGAUCAAAAUUGCUUUUGCUCGGACAUUUGCCAAAUUUAGUCGGAUAUUGUCCGAUGCCCGACAGUAAUUUGCAGCCCUGCUAGACCUUACUUUUCCCUUAUGUAAAUCACUGCUCUAGCAAAUCUAUAUGGGCAAAACCAAUAAAACACAAUAAAAAAAUAAAAAAUUAGUAUAUCGAUUUUUUUUAAUACAAGCUUUCGAUAAUUACGUCAUUUGGCCUGGGAGUCUCGCUCUCAUGACUCGUGAGCCAAUCACCUUGCGUAAUUUACUAAUGAGAGCGAGGCUCCAGGGCCAAAAAGUAUGUGUGACGUAAUUAUCGAAAGGGUGAUUGUAUCGCUUCUUCAAUGGAUAACAGUCAAAGGCUAAUUUUUAAAACCAUAGCGAGGUGGGGGAUUUGCCCUGUGUACCCUUUCCAUUGGCCGUUAUUUGGCCCACCAACCCCACAAACCAUAAUAAUUUAAUGUUUUUGUCCUAUUUAGUUAACAUAUAGAAACUAUAUAUAUUUUUAAAUGAAAAGAUAGUUGCAUCAGUGAGUUCCAUAUAUAUCUGGGCGAGAACUCGAGUCCAACAAGUGAAGCCAAGAUGGCGGAAAUUGAAGAGGAAAUUGACUGAAGUUCUUGCUCAAGGUAUACAGGUCAUUUACAGGUAAUUCAAUUAAGGUUGUCCUUUCAAAGUCAAAACUUAAAACCGCAAAACCUCGACCUCUAAGCGCGUAAAGCAAGAUGGACGUGCAUACAGUGUACGUAAUUGAUAGUCCAAACACUCCGUAGUUACGUGAUUGCUACGUUCCACAAGCCGUUUUGCUAUCGGCAUUCCCGUUGAUUUUCAUCUUUCUCGGAUAUGAUUUGCUCGUCGAACCUAAUUCAAUAAGCCAGGGCCGUAGCUAGACGCGAUAAUUUUUGGGGGGGGGGGGAGUAUAUUCAUAUAUUCAUGUUCACAUACUGUUAAAACAAUCGCUUUCAAAAUAAAUCAGUCGGGAAGAAUACGAAUAUAUGAAUAUGCACCCCCUCCCUCCAAUUAUCGUGUCUAGCUAGUCACACAUUUGUGAUACUUAUUACAUUGUCUGUUUAUCUUAUAAAUACACAUUUAUUAUGGUGAUCUGGAUAUUUGUAAGGCUUAUAAUUUAUAUACAAUAAACAGAAUAAUAGACUCUUCACGGUUAAGAUUGCAUUUUGUCCUUAUUAACCCGCACAUAAUUUUAAUUGUGAAAGUUGUGUGAUUGUUUAUACAAAGAUAUUAGAAAAUAUGAAAUUUAUUUUUUGUAUUGAGAGGAUAUCUAACAUGUUUUGCUUUGCUCACUUGCGAGAUAUUCUGGUCAACACUUAACUAAAAUAAAUUUAAUAUUUCUGCACAUUCUUCUUUGAAGAAUUAUCUUUAAGAAUUGUUGAUCUCAACUGCAGUAAAACAUAAUGGGAGUAGCAAAUAUUUUAUAGCACUUUCGCCAAUUUAAUUGGCUUUGCUCUUUUUCCAAGUGCCAAAGUAAAGCCAGCAAUGGUUGAAAAUAUAGAUAUUUACAAAGCCAAAGUGGGACAGCAACCACCUGAUAAGAAGUUCCGACCAUCUCCUGGAAUAACAGAGGAAUUUUACAAGAAUGAUGACGAAAAUCCUGCGUUUAAGGAAAGACGAAAAUGCAACUUGAGGCAGGCAAUUUUAGAAGCUAAUAUGGGUAAAGCUAUGCCUCCCAUAGUGUACCUGUUAUCCAAGGUGGAAAUGACCCUGCCAGCUCAGUUACACAUAACAAACCGGUAUGUGAACUUAGUUUACCAGAUGUCAUUGUGAGAAUGAUGCAAUUUUAGCUAUUUGUUGUGAUAUCGAGGUACAGACUGGCUCAUAUGCAAACACUGAAGAUGUUAACAUCGAAGAUGGAUUGGAUCAUAAUCCUGGCAAUAACAUUUGUUCUCAAGAAAUUCGAAAAUAGCAGAGUGAAAUAUAUGUAUGCCAGGAAACAGUCGAAUCAAUAGAACAUGAAACCAGAGGCCAGCACAAAAAUCCACUGUAGUUUACACACCGCAAGCCAAGGAUUACUGCAUCACAGUAUAAGCGUGCAAUUCAAAAAGUCACUACUAGUCCAACUAGGUUACAACAAGCCAAUCCAAACAUCAUACAUGGAUGAUGGAAAGAAUUCGGAGCUAGAAAUUACACAACUGUAUGAAAAAAGGAACAGUGUUAAUGUCAAACCAUGAGGAUUUUUUAUUCGGCCACACAUCCAUUUCUUGGUGCAACACCAGAUGGCUUAGUUAGGGAAGAGGGUACAAUUGGAAUAAAAAAGAUCCUCCCACACUCUGGAGAAUCCUUAUUGGAUGCCCUCAAGACGCAGGAUAUAAUCAAGGAAAUAGGUGGUCGAAUCUCGUUUAAUAACAAUUAUCACCCCUAUACUAUUACCAAAUUCAACAACAGCUGUUUUGUUCAGGAAG